UUACCGUCAUGACGUAACGCUUCCGGAAGUAAACCAGAUAGUUUAGGCCCACAUGGUAAAAAAUGGUCGCAAACGGGGAAAAGCAGCAAGGCCACCGGCCGGGCGUCUUUAAGCAGAAAAACAAAGGGCACAAACAUGGCAAGCAUCGGACGAAAGGUGAAAUUGAGAGAGAAAACAAAGGAAGGGUGUCGGUGAUAGCGCUCACUAAAAAACUGAGAAAAGAGCAACGGAAGAUGGACAGAAAGAACAAAGCUAAUCAACUACGCAAGAACAAGAGAGACAUGGUGCUAACGGAGAAGCGGCGUCUAGGCACCAGGGAUGGUCCUCCUAUCCUGGUUGCCGUGGUCCCUCUUCAUGCCACAGUAGACGCCGGCGUUGUUACCAAACUUCUCCGUCAAGAGGGCGCAGGCGGCGUUGUACACCAGGAGCAGUCUGUCAGUGGCGCCAGUGACAGUUUCGGACUGGUUGUGCCUCGUUUUAAACAAAGAUUUACCUUUCUUAGAACCAGCACAGAUGACAUACAUUCACUGCUCGAUGUAGCAAAGACAGUGGAUAGCCUUAUUUUUGUGCUGAAUUCUGAUGAAGGCUGGGACAGCUAUGGCGACUACUGUCUCUCCUGUCUAUUUGCCCAGGGCCUCCCGAGCUAUGCUCUUGUGUGCCAGGGCAUGUCUGACCUGCCGGUAAAGAAGAAAGUGGAUUGCCGUAGGGCACUCUCCAAAGUCACCGAAAUGCGCUUCCCUGAGGCCCGUCUCUUCCCUCUGGAUUCGGAGCAGGAUGUCACCCUUCUGCUCAGACAUUUGGGCACACACAGACAGCGGAAGCUGGGCUUUCGGUCCAGACGCUCUCAUCUCAUAGCCCAGCACGUCACUUUUACACCCAGCGGCACGCCGGGUAGCCCCUCCAGCCUUGGCACACUCUGUGUCUCCGGGUAUGUUCGUGGUCGUCCUUUCCGCGUGGACAGGCUAGUGCACAUCAGUGGACAUGGUGAUUUUCAACUGAGUCAGAUCGACGCUCCAACGGACCCACUUCCCUUGAACACAACCGCACCCAGACCCGGCAAGCGCGGCAAGGCUGGAGAGGUUAACAUGAUGGAUGGUGACGAAGCAGAGGCCCCUGUGAGGGUGCUAAUAAAAGCAGACCCCUCUUGUCGGGAAAGCCUGCAGACUGAAGCUGAGGUGGACCCCAUGGAUGGAGAGCAGACAUGGCCCACAGAAUCAGAGCUGUUUGAGGCUGAAGAGGCCAGAAAGAGCAAGCACGUGAUGAAAGUUCCAAAGGGAACAUCCGACUACCAGGCAGCGUGGAUCGUGGAUAAUGAUGAAAACUGUGACCUGGACGAAGAAAGCAGCGAAGACGACGACUGCGAUGAUGAAAUGAUGGAUGAGAUCCCUGAAGGGAACGAUGAUGACUCACAGGAUGCAGGUUCAUACCUUCCCUCAGAAGGGGAGGAUGAAGAGGAAGAAGAAGAAGAAUUGUCUUCCACAGAGCGAGCAGGAGCCGACCAGCGCUAUGACGAGCACAUGGAUGAGAUGGAGGAAGAGGAGGGUCUCAAACGUUACCGCGAGGCGAGAGCCAAUGAGAUGUUUCCCGAUGAGGUGGACACGCCCAUUGACAUGGCUGCCAAAAUCAGGUUCCAGCGCUACCGGGGUCUGAAAAGUUUCCGCUCCUCCCCUUGGGAUCCCAUGGAGAACUUGCCUCACAACUAUUCGCGCAUCUUCCAGUUCCAGAGUUUUGAGCGCACCCGCCGCCGCAUUCUUGCUGAAGCCGCAGAAGAGGAGGAAGGCGCCAUGGUGGGCUGGUACGUCACACUCCAUAUCAGUGAUGUACCUUCCUCGGUGAUGGAGAGCGUGCAAGGAGGCAGGCCGCUGGUGCUGGUGUCUCUCCUCCCCCAUGAACAGAAGAUGUCAGUGAUGCACCUUUUGGUAAGGAGGCACCCGAGCAACACGGAGCCCAUCAAGUCCAAAGAGGAGCUGGUGUUCCACUGCGGUUUUCGACGGUUCAGGGCCUCGCCCAUCUUCUCUCAGCACACCUCGGCCGACAAGCACAAGAUGGAGCGCUUCCUCCGGCCGGGCGCCCCCACUGUGGUGUCGGUGUAUGCUCCCAUCACCUUCCCUCCAACAGGAGUCCUGCUCUUCAAGCAGAGGGACGAUGGCGUACAGGACCUGGUGGCUACUGGCAGCCUGCUCAAUUGUGACCCACAACGCAUUGCGCUCAAGAGGAUCGUGCUGAGCGGACACCCAUUCAAAAUUAACCGGCGUUCCGCCGUCGUUCGUUACAUGUUCUUCAACCGGGAUGACAUCAUGUGGUUCAAACCCGUGGAGCUGCGCACUAAAUGGGGUCGGAGGGGCCACAUCAAGGAGGCUUUAGGAACACAUGGUCACAUGAAGUGCGUGUUUGAUAGUCAACUGCGCUCUCAAGACACGGUCCUGAUGAACUUGUACAAGAGGGUUUAUCCUCGUUGGACGUACGACCCCUACGUGCCUUUGCCUCUGCCCUGGUUUAAACGGGAGUCGAUGGUGGACCUGCAGGACUUAGACAUGGAAUAGUUUGAGAUGACCAAAAUGCCAUUGUUAUUGAAUAAACCUAAUUGGCGGCUCUA